GUAACCUUUCGAAGACAAAGAGUUGUGAUUGGCGACAUCAAAGGAGGAGAUAUUUGAGAGAGAAGGAGCGGACUAAGUACCAGCGUUCGAAGGAUGGCGGGACACGAGCAGCAGGAGUUUCAGCGGAGGGAGGACAAAGACCGGAGGAAUGAGAGAGGGCGUGAAGAUAGAGGAAUGAGAAGAGGGCCUACAUGUUUCAAUUCUCGGGAAGAGGGACAUUAUGCGAACCAGUGUCCGCAUCCCAGGAGGGCACGAUACUCGGAACGUCCGUCAUCUUCGACAGAUUCUAGGCGCGGCAGAUCGGCAUCACCAACAAGGUAUGACCGGCCGUACCAGAGGAGAUCGAACUCCCAGGAUCCGGAGGUGACGUCGAAGAUACAGGAGUUGGGGCGUAAUCUGGAGGCAGUGACCGAGUUCGUGAAAAACCAGAGGGCUAUAAAGGAGGAAAAGAAACGUCGUAAGAAUGAGAGAGCUGAAGCAAAGAUGAGGGCAGAGGAGGAGAAACGAGAGAAGGAAAGGAAGGCGGCGAAAAAAACGGAGAAGGCCAGAUGUGAGGAGCUGAGACUGGCGAAGAUUGAUAAGAGCGUGGACCUUAAAGUGUCUAUCAAAAUAAGCGAGCUCUGCGAAAAAUUGGAGGCGAAAUUUAUCUUGGCACCUCCAAGCGGCAGGAAGGAUAAAGGCAAACAGAAGGCAACAAGCGAAUCUUCCGGAGGAUCCAGCUUCGAGAUAGAGAGCAGUGGAAGCGGCACAGAUCAGAAGUCCGACUUUUUGACGCCACGGUUGACCAAGUCAAAAAGGAAGAUUAAGACUAGGCUGUCGUUGAUCGUGGAGAAGAUGAAGACGCCAGUGGCUGGAGGUACGGUAGCCAAGCUGAGAUACCGUAACCAGGUGAUGGAGGAGAUCAAGGGCCUCGAUGCGACAAAAUUGCAGACGAUUUGUAAAGAGGAAGGAAUUUGGUAUGCGGGAAAGAUUGAUGCAAUCUUUGAUAUUGCAAGCCAUUGUACACGGCUAAAUUUUGACGAGGUGACACAUCGGAAGGAGGAGGUGAUCAAGAUCACAGAGGAAGUUGAGGACGACACAACUGUUGACGAACCCGAGGAUGAGGGUGAAGCAUAAGUGGGAGAUUGAGUGCGGAUACUUUGGCGCCUAGUACGAAUUUUGACGAGCCUAAGAUGUAAAUUGCCAAGCGUAGAUACAAAUGUCGAAGAGCUGCUGAGACUGUGCAUCUUCAAUUUAUCAAUUAGAGGUGAGAUCAGAUGGAAUCGUAAACUAAUUUGCUCAUGGAGAAGAUUGUUUGAAGUAUACGGGGUAGACUUUGUGAACGCUAAAUGUUGUGUCUAUAUAGCGGUUUCCCCAUUUUGCAAGUUGCAAUAUAUUGGGAAGACUAAUAGAGCACUGAACGUCAGAUGGAGGGAGCACAUUCGAGCUAGUAAAUCUCGUAUACAUAG